AUGAACGCAGAAGUUAGUGUUCAAAUGCUUCAACAUUUGCGAAGACCAGGAGCACUGAAAGCAUUGUUUCAGAAACAAGAAAAAGCUUCUCAAAAAAGGAUUUGUAUCGACUAUUCGUCUCCUAAUAUUGCGAAGAGAUUUCACAUUGGAAACUUACGAUCAACUUUAAUUGGUAGAUAUUUGGACACGACAAAUCGAUUGAUAGGAAACGCGGUGACUUCUGUCAAUUACUUGGGGGAUUGGGGAAACCAAUUUGCGAUGAUAUCCGUGUUUUGGCCACAAAUGAGACCUUCUGAUCAGUACUGGAAAGGAUUGAGCGAUGAGGAGAAAAUCAAAAUGCUCACCGAUUGUUACGUAAUCGCGAACAAGAACAUGAAAACAGAUGAAGAUUUUCGAAACGCAGUGCAUCAGCAAUUUAUCGAAAUGGAAAAUGCAAUGCUUGUUGGAAAUGCAUCUGCCGACUGUUUUAAACUUUGGGGUCAAAUUAGAGAGAUCUCAAUGAAACAUUUAAAGGAAUUCUACACGAUGUUCGAUGUCAAGUUUGAUAGGUAUAUGCAUGAAUCGAGUCGAGUACGAAUGGCGCACAAAAUUGUGCAAGAUUUAAUUGAUAAGAAGAUUGUUGAAAAUCUGGACGGUCGCUUAAUUGUAAACACUGGCGACAAAAAUAAUGAUAAAGAUAAUGGAUACGCGAUUGUCAGGAAAAGUAACAGCACUAGUCUGUAUUUGACCAGAGAAAUCGCUGCAGUUUUGGAACGAGAUGAUUUUUUCAAAGCUGAUAAAUAUCUUUAUGUUGUUGAUCGAGCGCAGCGGCAGCAUUUCAGAGCAUUAAAAAUUAUUCUCGAAAAAAUGGGUAAAGAAGAUUUAGCAGAAAAAGUGGAACAUGUACAAUAUGGCCGAGUUCGUGGUUUGUCAACGAGAAAUGGGAGAACCGAAGCGAUUUCCAAAGUUUUAUCCAUCUCUACGGUUAUAUUCAAUGAACUCAAACGAGCAAGAAACUCGGAAUAUGAAUUUUCGUUUCAAAACGCGUUUGCACUCAACCAAAAUAAUGCGUUGGCACUCCAGAUCAAACACAGCAGGCUGUCAUCAAUUGAAACAAAAAAUGAGCAUCUUCUUCCAUUUGUCGACGAAUGUAAGGAAUUUCCGAGAGUCGAUGUCAAUGAUGAUGUUAAGAAACUAGUUUUUUUGUUGGAGCAGGUCGAGAAAUCAAUUGAAACGAGCAUCGAAAAGUUUGAGCCUUGUCAAUUGACCGUUCAGCUUAUUCAAAUAGCACAAACCGUCGCAACUGUACAAAAUCAAUUAAGAGUUCGAGAUCAACCCACAGAUAUCGCCGUUCCACGAUAUUUAUUAUUUUCCGCAACCCGUAACGUUCUCGCUGAAGGAAUGAAGCUUCUUGGGAUGACGCCUGCACGCAACAUGUGA